UGUCUUGUGUCUUGCUUAGUGGGGCAGCACUCCAGCACUCUGAACGGCUUUUUUCAGGGUUCUGAGGGAGGUGCUCUCUUGACUUCCUUUGCCAAGGGACAGGGAAAGCCUUGGGGACCGGACCCCGAUUUGGCUGGUUGGGUGCACGGGCAGGAUUCUCACGCGUGGGUGUGGAGGCCUUCGGGACAAGAAGGAGCCUGGGCCAUAGUCCCCACCGGAGGAGCCAGAGCGCUCUGCGCGCAGGGUGGGAGCCACGGCGCCUGGGAUCCGCCCCUCGGGGACCUCCCUGCGCAGCAGCCGAGGCCCGCCCGCCGGCUUGGGCUCCCGCACAUCUGGCCCUCCCCGCGCACAUCUGGGCAGCCGGCGCCUUAGCAUGAACGGCUCCCGGGCGGGCGCUGCGGCUCCAGCCACCUGGCUGAGCUCCUGCUGCAACCAGUCGGGGGGGACGCCGGAGCCCCCCGAGGGGCCGCGCGUCGUGCAGGCGGCCGUGCUGGGCGUGCUGUCGCUGCUGGUGCUCUGCGGGGUCCUGUUCCUGGGCGGUGGCCUCCUCCUCCGGGCCCAGGGCCUGACGGCCUCGCUGGCCCGAGAGCGGCGCGCGUCCCGCGAGGCCGAGCCCGGCGGCGCCAGCGGAGGCGAGGACGACCCCUAGGGCCCUUGCGGCGGCCGCGACGCAGCCUCCUGCUGUACCCGUGGACGUGGGCCUGGGAGGUCAGCGCUCCAGGAAUGGGGGAGCCCCCUGAGCAUCCGCUGCACGUCCGGGGCGCCGCGGUGGACAUACAUCCUGGAUGCCCAGCGCAGCAGAUGCUGGCCAUGCCCCCCGACUUGCAGGCCUCCGAGGACAGGAGUGCAGCCCCUGUCCCAUCUCUGGUACCGGGCUGCUGUGGUCCGACAGGCCACUGACCUGUCCCAGCCGAGGGCUGUGGGUCAGUGUUGGCCAUUUGCAGACGCCGGGUGCCCCAGCCCUCAGCCAUGCCUUAUCACUUCCCGUGGCUUGUUAUUAAAUACGUUGGUAAUGCAA